UUAUGCUACCCUUAGAGAAAGUAUUUUACAAAACCAAUAUUCUGGCCAAUGGUAGGAACUACAAUUAAUCUUGCACAAGACCCAACACAGGCUGAAACAAUUAUUCUGCCCCACAAAUGCUGGGAAUAAUUGUGUAUAAAGUGAGAAAAAAAUAUUUCAUGCAGCACUGCUGAGCAAACCAAAUAAGACUCUUUAAGUAACAAUCUAAAAUGAAAAUUAAGUCUGCAAAAUAUCCUCCUGCCUCUCCUCCCACCCCCUAAUUCCAAUCCUUAAUUCUAUUUUAUAAAUUUCCCCUGUUCAUUUUAAGCCUCAGACCUUGUCUAUGAUUUGUUUUGGAAACUGGCCCUGCAUUGGUCUGUAAUAAUCGUGCAUUCAUAAAAUAUUUUUAGUUGUAAGCAAAAGGUAAUUUCUUCCAAAAUAUUUAAAUAAUAUCUGAGAAUAAGCUACUAAUAAUCCCAUAAUCAUUAAAUUAUGAGGUCUGCAUUAAAAUAAUCAGUCUAAAAAGACUUAAUCAUCACUAAAAAUCAUAUGUUGAGACUGAGGUUUUAUUCAAAUUAAUGUUGAUACUGCACAACAAAAGAUUCACUAUUUUCUAUACUAAUUUUGUUUACAAAUUUCCUGCCCACUUUAUUAUGACAGUGAUCCUGUGUACCUUUACUAUAAGAGUCCUGUUUACCGUUAGGAUAGCCGUGUAGGAGAUAAUUUAUCAUACAACUAGGUAUUAUUGAUAAAAUACUAUAGACAUUAGCUUCCGAUAAAGUUCCACGAUCAGUGGAUCUAUAUAGUCCUAAUGCUAUAAAAGUGGAAUAAGUUAUAUGUAAUUAAAUAGUGUGGUGAAUACCUGGAACAUGGUCUAAACUUCUUCAUUCAUUAUAUAAUAUAUAAUACAUUUGUAGUGAAGAACAAUACCACAAAGAACUUAUUGAAGUAUGAAGUGUUUAACUGGAAUAAGACAAGAGAGUGUUAAAGGUUAUACUGUUAUUUGACUUAUAUGGAUAAAUAAACUUGUAAAUACAUUUUCAAUCAGAAUAUUUAAUUAACUGAAUCACAAAUUUUACCAUAAAAGUGGAAUUAGAGUGUAUCAUAAAUUGAAUGAAAAUAUAAUUGUGAAAUUGAGAAUAAUGUUUUCUUUACAGUAGAUUAAACAUGUUAUCUGAUAAAAGCGCCUAAAAGUACUUUAUCUCUUCCAGAGUGAUUUUAUCCUGAUAACUUGCACCAAAAUGCAUAAGGUCGGGUUCGCAUACAUGUAAAUACUGAAGAAGAAGAAAUAGUGUUUACUGACUUUAUUUACUUACGUCAGGAAUUAAUAACAAGGACAUAUACAUCCAUGUUGUGUUUAUAGGUGCAGUACUUUUCAUUAUGAUCAAAGUAAACAAUUCAAAUGAGACUUUUUUUAAAACUUUACAAGAACUGAAUGAUGCCGAAGCUAAACAGAGAUUACCGACAGUGAUAUACCUUUCUAUACUGGUAACCGUUGGUAUACUUGGUAACAGUAUCAUUUUAUUAGUAUAUGGAUGUAGAUACAAACCAACAAACUUUAGAUGUUAUAUAUUGUGUUUGGCUGUAUUAGAUUUAACAGCAUGUUGUAUUUCUAUCCCAUCAGAAAUUGUAGACAAUGCUUUCCCAUAUAUGUACUAUAGUGAAGGAUUUUGUAAAUUUUCUCGUUUCACUGGAGAUGUUGCGAAAUUAGGAUCUGCAUUUGUUCUGACAGUGAUGGCUGCUGGAAGAUAUAGAAGAAUUUGUUUUCCAUUCAGUGAAGAAAUGUCUCUUAAAAUGGCAAAAAUGUGUUGUUUCUUUGCAAUCUCAUUUUCAAUACUGUUAUCAUGGCCCACUGCAAUUAUCCAAGGACAAAAGGUCAAAAAAUUUCCAGGGAAUGUUACAGGUUAUGACUGUUCUACUGAUGAUGAUGUGAGAAAUACUAAAUACCCAUUCAUUCAAGCUACAUUAUUAUUUGUCAUAUUUGUGCUGAUUUUUGGAAUUCUAAUAUACCUGUAUGCUAAAAUAAUUUGGGAAUUAAGGGACCAUUUCAGAAUGAAUCGUCUCCUAAAAAUUGAGAAUGGCAAUAACGGUAAGAAAAGAACUAAACAUACAGUGACAAAAAUUUUCUUAUCGAUAACUGUUGCAUACGUUAUUAGUUACAUUCCACAUUUAACAUUAAAUGCUAUCACAACAUUUAUUCGUGGGGACAUUUUCCCACCUAGUCCAAUUGUACUUGGAACAUUACCACUUUUGUUCAGAUCUUAUUUUGUUAAUAAUGUUGUUAACAUAUUUGUGUAUUAUGUAGGAGAUGCUAGAUUUAGAAGACAUUGUAAAAAGCUACUGCAAAUCGUAAUAAGUAUAAUUUGUCGCAAGAAACUUCAUAAGGAAUUACAAAUUGAUUCAACAGAAAUCAUGUCACUUGGAUAAUCAGUUUUUAAUGUCAUUAUUUAUAUAUUAAACCUUUUUUUCUAUCAAAGCUUGUCAACAAUGUAAAUAUUCAAGCCAUGGGCUGAAAAUACCAGGUGCUAAAGGAUUUAUAAGAGCAAUGACUGUGAUUUCAAAAGUGCAUUUUGUAUGAAGGAUUGACAACUUUCUUUUUAAAAUAAGUUUUUAUCAUAGUUUAUGCAGGUAAUAUUUUACCUGGAUGACAGCUGUAUAAAUGUGGUACAACUCUCUUCUUAUCUCCAAAAACCACUACAUCUAUUUAACUUUACACAUUCUUAUAACUGACUAUCCUUAGUUUAAUAAAACUUAAAAGUUUUCUUAUGCUAAGGAAAAAUGAUUAUUCUUUAAAAUUAAAUACCGGUUAAUGAUUACAGAAUGGUGUAAGUGUGCAAAGAGCACUCUUAAAGAGGGUAGGAGGGGUUUUCAUACCAAAAUCAACAUUUAUACUCCAUUAUUUUCAUGACAUUUAGAUACUUUCUUAAUUCUUUUUGUCAAACAGAAAUGUAUUCCAAAAUGGUUAAUCAUAGAUUUUUCAGGAUUGAGUGGUUUUCAAAGAGAUAAUUAUAAAUAACCUCAAAAUUAAAAUUUCAAUGAAGUGCAAAUUUUUUAAUAUGCUUGUAACAGGCUUUGGCAAAACCAUGAAAUCAAAUUUCCAAGAAAAUACCACUUUUCCUCAAUCCACAAAAAUUGGUACCCAUGAAAAUAAAUGAAUCCACAGUAAUUAAUCUCUUCAAAACUCCUCCAUUGAUAAAUAUUGAUUGAUAGAAUGCUACAUGGCUAAUUGUGGUCAGUUUUCAAUAUGAAUGUGCAUACAGCCAUUUUAUAUGUUUUAGCAGAGAUAAGAAUUUCUGUUUUUAUUACAUUGAAUAUUUAAGAAAUUCUUGUGAAGAAAGUACUGUCGUAAGUAAUGACUAACUCCUUAUUUUUAUGAAUCUAAGUAUUUUUGGUGUUUUUCUGUGAGUUAAGUAAUUGAUUUUUGUUGAUAUUUUCCAGUAAUGAAUAUUUGUGAUAUUUUUGUUUUGAUCUCAUUUUUGUUGUUUUUGACAAAUAAAUGUUUUAUAUUGC